ACUAUUACGUCUCACUACCGUAGGCUUCAACUUAGCUCCCUUCAAACAGACAGCACCCUGAGUUUUGUCCAGGCUUGACUCUGCGCGGAAAACGUGCAGCUCUAGGCCGUGUUGUAAUUUCAGUACCUGUUCCGGCUAGGGCUAGGCUCAGCUGACGCACCUUCAUGCAGGCUAGCACGCACCCGACUCAACUCGGUUCACAGCGCCUCAAGCCGGCCGUCGUCGCCAGGCCUAUGAGCAGCUCUAAUUACUCGUCAGGCCGCCCCAAGAGCAGCAACAAGCGCAGCGCGCCAGAGCUGGAACGGCCGGGCUCGAGUCAGGCGGCACACGCGCACCCAUCGCAGAUGCAGCCAGAGCCCAUCCCGCUAAAAUACGUGGUUCAAGAGGCUGUAAAGCGGUGGUUUGAGGACACGCUGCUGGAGGCGCAGCGCGGGGACGUCAAGCAGCAGGCGCUGGUGGGCGAGAUGUACAAGGAGGGCUACGGCUGCCAGAAGGACGCGCGUGCCGCCAAGGAGUGGUCGGACAAGGCGGCAUCCCGUGGCUACAAGAUGCAGGGCGUGUAUUGCGAGCUCUAGAUGGAUGUGAGCUGUGGCACAUGCGAGAGUGGCGCAGGCGGGUGGUCACAGGAGCACAGGGAGCCGCGGGCGCGGACGGAGUGAGGAGGAGGCACGGCUGGUGCGAGGGUGGGCCUGUGGUUGAGGGAUUGCGCGGCCUCCAGCAGGCACCCGCGCACCACUGGGCAGCCUGCGCGCGCUUGUGGCUUUGAUGAUGCGGCGAGAGCUCACAGCGUCAAGAAUAUGCCAUUGUUGAUGCCGGGGGGAACAUCCGUACAGUAGCUUAACAUUCUCCUGAAGGCAGAAAGGAGCGUUAUGGUGGUAUCGCUUUAUUCACAAGCAUGAUGCUGCGUUUGCAUGACAGUCUAGGUGCUCGGCUCAUCGAGGUAAUGGCUCUGAAGUUAUGGGCGCGAUGGUAGGGAAACGUCAUGUUGGUCACCGGUUGCAUGAAGAAAUUUGGAGCUUGGCCCGUGCACCACGGGGUGAAGAACAACCACGGGUGAAGAACACGACUGGCUAUCGAGUUGAGCGUGUAACGCCUGGGUUUC